UUGGGACGUCACUCUGCCACCAACCUUGACGGCGGUGACCUUUAGCACUAAAACAAGUUUGGACGAGCCUCUUUUCUGUUAUCUCCCACACGGUGGCCCACUGGAAUUGUGCAGUAGAAAGUAGAGAUUUAAAUUGGUCCAAUAAGUUGGGUAGCGAUGGAGGUAGCGCAGUUGGCACGUUUUAUGAACAUUGGAAGAAAAAUUGUCGGGGUGGGUCUCAACUACAGAUCCCUGUUGCUCGAGAGAAAUUUACAAGCGCCUGACAACCCAAUAAUAUUCCUGAAGCCGACUUCUUCAUACAUUGCUGAAGGUCAAACUAUAGAGAUCCCGGAUGAUUUUGUUGUAAACCAAGAAACUGAACUUGGCGUCGUCGUGGGAAAAACUUGCCGAAAUGUCACUGAGGACGAAGCGAAAAAAGCUAUCGGCGGCUACUGUCUCGCCCUUGACAUGACUGAAGUUAAACAUCUGACUGCUUGGAGGCAGCUGGGCAUGCCAUGGAGUUUGAGCAAAGGAUUCGACACAUCAUGCCCUGUGAGCCGAUUCGUGACACCUGAGGAGCUGCCUGAUCCCGACAAUGUAGACCUCUGGUGCAAAAUCAACGGGAAGAUGUGCCAGAAGGGAAACACUUCCGACAUGCUUUUCGCAGUGCCCACGAUCAUAAGCUACGUCAGCAAAAUGAUGACCCUUGAGCCCGGUGACCUCAUCCUGACCGGGUCACCACCAGGAAUGGUCAACAUCAAGGCUGGCGACGUCAUUGAGGCAGGUCUCGGCGAGAUUUUAUCAAUGAAGUUCCCAGUCGAAGAUAGGAAAUGAUUGUUGCCAUGGAUAUAUUAUUUCUUUGUUAUUGAUUUUGAAAAUAUUUUUAUACAUUUUAUGGAAUAAAAUCAAGAGCUUGCCAUUAUAUAUUUCUAGUGAUCUUCAAAUAAAAUUUUGUUGGUGGAUGA